AGACGAGCAUCAACACAUCAGGAAGAGCUGAAAUCUGCAAAGACUGAGUUUAUUAAAGAGGACAGAGAGAAGAUGAGAGAUCCAGAACCCUGCAGAAUCAAACACACUGAAGAUACUGAAGAACAAACAGAGCUGAUGGAAGAGAGCGAGGAGAGUGAAGAACUGAGUGAAGUGGAGGAGGAACAUCAUGUCAAACCUGCAGAUAAACCUUUGAGCCGCUCAAAGACUAAAAAUACAUUUUUAAAGAAAAGAAAAGCCAAUAAAUCUAUCACCUGCACUCAGUGUGGAAAGAGUUUCACAAAUAAACAUAGUCUUGAGCGUCACAUGAGAGUUCACACCGGCGAGAAGCCGUUCACAUGUGAUCAGUGCAGGAAGAGUUUCUCACACAAACAAAGUCUUGAGUGUCACAUGAGAGUUCACACUGGAGAGAAGCCAUUCACGUGUAAUCAGUGCGGAUAUCAAUUUACAGAAAAAGGAAACCUUGAAAAACAUAUGACAAUCCACACUGGAGAAAAGCCGUUUACAUGUGAUCAUUGUGGGAACAGUUUCUCAACCAAACAUUAUCUUAAGUAUCACAUGAGAGUUCACACUGGAGAGAAGCAGUUCCCAUGUGAUCAGUGCAGGAAGAGUUUCUCACACAAACAAAGUCUUAAGUAUCACAUGAGAGUUCACACUGGAGAGAAGCCAUUCACGUGUGAUCAGUGCGGGAAGAGUUUCGCACAACAAGGAACACUUAAAGAACACAUGAGAGUUCACACUGGAGAGAAGCCAUUCACGUGUAAUCAGUGCGGAAAUCAAUUCAAGGAAAAGGGAACCCUUAAGAAACACAUGAAAAUCCACACUGGAGAAAAGCCGUUUUCAUGUGAUCAGUGCGGGAAGAGUUUCUCAACCAAACAAUAUCUCGAGUUUCACAUGAGAGUUCACACCGGAGAGAAGCCGUUCCCGUGUGGUCAGUGUGGGAAGAGUUUCACACAAUCAACAAACCUUAGAGUACACAUGAGGAUCCAUACCGGAGUGAAGCCGUUCAUGUGCGAUCAGUGUGAAAAGAGAUUCUCAAACAAAAACAGUCUUACUGCUCACAUGAGGAUUCACACCGGAGAGAAGCCAUUCAAGUGUGAUCAGUGCGGCAAAACAUUUCAUUGGUCAUCAGGUCUAAAGACACAUCUGAGGAUUCACACCGGAGAAAAACCUUACAAGUGUUCACACUGUGACAAGACAUUCAGUCAGUUAGGAAAUCUGAAAACACAUGAGAAGAUCCACAGAAGAUCCACACCUUCUUUAUUCGCACAUAUUUACCUGAUGAAGCACCUGAAGAUUCACAUGAGAGUUCACACUGGAAGGAAGCUGCUCAGGCUUUCUAUCUGA